AUGAAACACGAGAAGAGCCGCAGUCGUUGGAACGCAUGGCACGCUUCCCACGGUGAACGUACGGUCACCACACCCUCUUCCAGAUCGGAACCCUACUCUGUACUCUCGAAUCUCCGCUUCAACUAUAAGGGAAGUCAGAGAACACGCCCCGACACAACCCGGACAGGGCAGAACGCAAAGAUUGCCUCCAAUAUUUGGAUGGCGCUGGGAUAUGCUCAUCCGAUCCAAAAGCCUGUAGUCGCUUCAUGA